AUGAAGAAAGCACAGGGACAAUCUCCGGAUGGGCCAGACCGGCCAAGACGCGUCCGAGCGGAGUCGGUGGGAAAGCUGGGGAGGGAAAGGGAGCGCAUGGGAACACCUCUGCUUCGGAGGCUCACACCAGCCUCUUCUCCCCAACCAGAGGAAAUCCCCACCACGAGUGGCUGGGAGGGGUUCUCGGAGGGAGGGGAUGAGAGCCGAGCCGGGAAGGAGGCUGGGAAGGAGGGGAGGGCGAGGCCGAUGUGGGGGGAGGGGGGCGGCCAGCUUGAAGCCGAGGCUCCUGCAAUCUCGGCCCCAGCCCCGCAGAGGAAGCCCAGCGCAGGACCUGAGGAAGGAAGAAUAAAAAAAAGCCAGUGGCCGCAGGGGGAGGGAAGAAGCCCGGGUGCCAGGCCCUGGCCCGGCCCCGGGCCUGGGGCCGGGGAAGGAGGGUCCAGGGGCCCGGGCUGGGGGGAGGCCCUCCCCACCUCCUCCUCCCUCCUCCCGUCCAGUCUGGGUGACAUCGCACGAGCUGAUUGGGUCAGUUUCAUGACAGUUUCACUCACCCAGGCAACGGGGGCUGGGCUCCCGGGAAAGCAGGAGGGAGGGAGGGAAAGAGGAGGACAGAGCCCCAGAGCCCCAAGCUCGGGAGCCGGGAGCUGCCCUCAGGCAGAGACCCAGAGGGAGCGAGAAAGAGAGAGAGAGAGAGAGAAGGCCGGGGCUGCCCGCGCGGGUAAGCCUCCUCCCCCCAGGGCCAGAGGCCGGGGUGCGGGCCCCCAGCACCGGGAGGGAGGGGGGGACGAGGGAGGAACGGGCUGCCCCGCCAGGAAGAAAAACGCGGAAGGACGGAGGCGUAGCUGGCCCGACCCUCCUCCCCCGCCUCAGUUUCCUCCUCGGUCUAAUGGGGAGGACAGUCUCGGCCCCACCUCUCUCCUCGCGGGGCUGCUGGGAGAGGAGGGCUCUCCCGGAGUGGACGCUCCCUCUUGCCGGUGUGGCUUGCAGCCCCAGCUCUGGCCUGAAUCCUUGAGAGGGGUGGCGCCCCAAAGUUUGGGGCGCCGGAGCGGUCUUGGGCAAGGCACUGCCCGCCCGGGCCUCAUCUUCCUCCUCUGUCAGAUGAGAGUAAGCAGCAUUAAAGGGGGAGGUCCUGGGGAAGGUGUUUGGCAGAUCUUCAACGGGCUGUAG